UCAAAGGAGUCGUUCAAGAAUGACACUGAUUAUAAACAAAUAUUGACUUGCUGACCUUAUAAUCAAUUGAAACGCUAAUCACUCAUAAAUUCCCUGCGAAUUUAGUUAUCAAACAUGGAUAAGCCAGUUGUGCAGGCACGCGUAGUCAAAGUUCUUGGUCGCAAUGGCUCCCAGGGUCAGUGUACCCAGGUCAAAGUGGAGUUCCUUGGAGAGCAGAACCGUCAGAUCAUCCGCAAUGUGAAGGGACCCGUUCGCGUGGGCGACAUCCUCACUCUUCUGGAGUCUGAACGCGAAGCCAGGAGGCUGCGCUAAUUGGCGAUCUCCUUGGAAAUCCUUUUUGUCACAAUGUUUUCGGAGCUAAAAAAUUCCAAAUAAUUCUAAGGAGACUGCUGCAUAUUCGUUAAACAAACAAAGGAAAAGACACAUCUAACUUAGAAGAACUACGCCAAAAUAUGUUUUAAAUAAAUCUCAAGAGCUUUGGAGCGAACUUGAAUUACAAUUUUCUAAGGAAACUGCAAGAAAACUCUUUUUUAGUAAAAGGAAUGUUAAAUCUAAACAUAUAUUAUAUAACUUUAGACUAAAGUUAGAAUUUUUCGACCAUUCAAAACCUUUUAAAAAUGUGUCUUUCGGUUAUUUUCGAACCGUUUGGAAAUAAAAACUGUAACUUA